AUGGCUGGCGUCAAAAGACCGUUGGCUACCAUGACGGGCGCCACUGAAGAACCACUCACCGUCGGUCGUCGAUUGAAGUAUUGUACCCUGACAAGCGUGUCGUCAGAACCAGAGAACAUCUCAAGGACACCCACGCCGCCAAAUCCGUUUGCCAGAGCCAGAAUACCAGACUUCAGCUCCGAUGCCUCUCUCGUUCUAGUCGGCCUCCGCGGAUCCGGGAAAUCGACGUUGGCCAUCAUGGCCGCAUCCGCUCUGAAGAAGAGCAUCAUCAACGUUGAGGCGGCAUUUCAAUCAAGUACUGGUUCAUCAAGCUCAAGCUUCAGACAAAGCAACGGAAACGUCGAGUGCCAACGAAGGCAGGCCGCCGUACUCCAAGAGGUCCUUGAGCAGAAUCCGACAGGAUGCAUCAUCGUUUGUCCAUGGAUGGAGAGGAAAGUCCAAAGCCUCCUAAGACAGUUUGCAGCGACCAAUCCAGUUGUCCACGUCCUUCGAGAUAUCGGUGCCAUCCAAGGCCACCUGAAGAUCAAGGAUUGGUCAAAGGCUCAUAACUUGAUGCAGAUGAGCAACUUGUUCUAUCGCAGCUGCACCAAUCUAGAGUUUUUCAACGUCUCCGAGGUCCGAGAAACCUCCUUUGAAGGAAAUGAGGCCGAUCAUCAAGGGCUCACAGCAAACGCUCCCUAUCUCGCCCUCAAGCCGGCGGAGAGACAUUUCCUGAAGUUCCUGUCUCUCGUGUAUCCCGCUGCUACGGCUGAUAGCUCAGAAGGGUCAGAACCUACGGCGAGUUAUGCAGAAGGGGCCGCCAACACUUUGAUUCCCAUCCGUCAGCUCAAGCCAGACGGCACCAUCCCGACGGGCUCUGCUCUUCUGGCCGGCGUCAACAGAGCUGGUCCUGUCCUCGCUCUGUACGGCGAGAACACUGACUGGAUUGGGAUUCGAGCCUGCAUCCGCCGCGGAUUGUCACCAGCCAACGCCGUACGGCAAGCAACAUGGGGACUUAUCAUCGGUGCAGGGGGCAUGGCCCGCGCUGCGGUAUAUGCCAUGUUGCAGGUUGGCAUCAAGAAUAUUGCCAUAUACAAUCGCACGAAAGCCAAUGCGGAGAAGCUCGUUUUCCAUUUCCAGCAGUUGCUCCAGGAAAAGGAGCACAACCCCCUGGCCAACGCUCGCGACGUCAAAUUCCACGUCUUUACUUCUCUCGAGGAGCCCUGGCCAACAGAGUACCGUCACCCAUCAGUCAUCAUCUCCUGUAUUCCCACGCAUCCAAUAGGCGACACACCCUCGCCCGAACUCAAGAUGCCAGACGCCUGGCUAAGUCACCAAACAGGAGGCGUCAUCAUCGAGCUCGGAUACAAGACGCUGAACACGCCGCUCUUGAUGCAAGCCAGGGAGGGAGCUUCACGAGGCUGGGUGGCCAUGGACGGUCUAGAUCUUCUGCCAGAGCAGGGUUGUGCGCAGUUCGAGCUGUUUACAGGACGGAGGGCCCCACGACGCGUUAUGCGCAGAGAGAUCCUGGAGAAUUACAGAGAUGAGCAUGGCAAAUCACAUCUUGAGGAGCUGCAGCACAGAUUGCGUUCUAUCGUUGAGCAGGAUUCAUAG